UCCAACACAGUGAAAAAAUUGCUCACCCAGCCCAUCGAUUUGUUCACCGUGGCCCAAAUGUCCGGACUUCAUUAGCCAAUUCUGUACCAAAACCAGCCUGGCUGAAAAAACAAAAAAACUAGCCCCGUCGCUUAGCGGCUAGCGCACCAGCGUGGAGAUCACGACCCCGAACGUUCUGGCCUGAUCGAAGUAAACUGAUCGCACCGCGACCCAGCUACGUGGCGACGCGGCAUUGGGUAUCUCACGUGGACCGUCUUUUACGGUGCCCAAUGAGGUGGAGGUCCGGCACGGGCCAGAACACUCUGGCGACUACCACGCUCAUCGCGUCCGCGGCCAGAACCUAUAUAAUUCCAGCGCCUGCCAUUGCAGAAUCACAUCACAGAUGAUAAUAAUCCAUCAACCAAGGCACUGAGCUCGCAAGCGACAAGACGAGUUGAGCAUCGAUCCAGUCGAGGAAAAAACUCAUCCGGCGGUGACGGCGAUGAGGACGACGAAACCAACAAUUCUAGCUCUCGUUCUGCUCUCUCUUCUUUGCUCAGGGUACUUGACCGGGCUGGCUGAUGGCGCGGAGGCGCGGAAGGGGAAGAAAGCGUCGGGACCGGGGCCGGGGCCGGUGAUCGGCAUCGACCUGGGCACCACGUACUCGUGCGUCGGGGUGUACCGGAACGGGCACGUGGACAUCGUCGCCAACGACCAGGGCAACCGGAUCACGCCGUCGUGGGUGGCAUUCACCGACGAGGAGCGCCUCGUCGGCGAGGCCGCCAAGAACCAGGCGCCGCUCAACCCGCAGCGGACCAUCUUCGACAUCAAGCGCCUCAUCGGCCGGAGGUUCGACGACGAGGAGGUGCAGCGGGACGUCAGGUACCUCCCCUACAAGGUGGUGAACAAGGGCGGCAAGCCGUACGUGGAGGUGCCCAUGAAGGGCGGCGAGAGGAAGACGUUCAGCCCCGAGGAGAUCAGCGCCAUGAUCCUGUCCAAGAUGCGGGAGACGGCCGAGUCCUACCUCGGCCACCGCGUCGCCGACGCCGUCGUCACCGUGCCGGCCUACUUCAACGACGCGCAGCGGCAGGCGACCAAGGACGCCGGCACCAUCGCGGGGCUCAACGUGCCGCGGAUCAUCAACGAGCCCACGGCGGCGGCCAUCGCGUACGGGCUGGACAAGAAGGGCGCGGAGAUGAUGAACGUGCUCGUCUACGACCUCGGCGGCGGCACCUUCGACGUCAGCGUGCUCAGCCUCGACCACGGCGUCUUCGAGGUGCUCGCCACCAGCGGCGACACGCACCUCGGCGGCGAGGACUUCGACCAGCGCGUCAUGGACCACUUCAUCCGCCUCGUCAAGCGGAAGCACGGCAAGGACAUCAGCAAGGACGGCCGCGCCAUGGGCAAGCUGCGGCGCGAGUGCGAGCGUGCCAAGCGCGCGCUCAGCAGCCAGCACCAGGUGCGCGUCGAGAUCGAGUCCCUGUUCGACGGCGUCGACUUCUCGGAGCAGCUGACGAGGGCUAAGUUCGAGGAGCUCAACAUGGACCUGUUCAAGAAGACGCUGGGCCCCGUCAAGAAGGCCAUCGCAGACGCCAAGCUCAAGAAGUCCGACAUCCACGAGAUUGUGCUCGUCGGCGGCAGCACCAGGAUCCCCAAGGUGCAGGAGCUCCUUACAGAGAUGUUCGACGGCAAGGAGCCCACCAAGGGGAUCAACCCCGACGAGGCCGUGGCCUAUGGAGCCGCCAUCCAGGCCAGCAUCAUCAGCGGCGAGGGCGGCGCCGAGACCAAAGACAUCUUGCUGCUCGACGUGACGCCGCUGACGCUGGGGAUCGAGACGGCCGGCGGCGUGAUGACGAAGCUGAUCCCGCGGAACACGAGGAUCCCCGUGAAGAAGUCGCAGGUGUUCACGACCUACGAGGACCACCAGACGACGGUGUCGAUCAAGGUGUUCGAGGGGGAGCGGAGCCUGACCAAGGACUGCCGCGAGCUGGGGCGGUUCGACCUGACGGGCAUCCCGCCGGCGCCCCGCGGCGUGCCGCAGAUCGAGGUGACCUUCGAGGUGGACGAGAACGGCAUCCUCCACGUGACCGCGGCGGACAAGGCCGGCGGGCGGUCCAAGUCGAUCACCAUCACCAACGACAAGGGCCGGCUCAGCCAGGAGGAGAUCGACCGGAUGGUGCGCGAGGCCGAGGAGUUCGCGGAGGAGGACCGCCGCGUCCGGGAGCGUGUCGACGCGCGGAACCGUCUGGAGAACUACGUGUACCGCGUCCGCGCCACGGUGCGGGACGCCGGCGGCAUGGCGAGGAAGAUCGGCGACGAGGACCGGGAGCGGAUGGAGGCUGCCCUGGCGGAAGCGCUGGAGUGGCUGGAGGAGCAGGACGGCGCCGCGGGGCGGACGGCGGAGAAGGAGGAGUACGAGGAGAAGCUCAGGGAGGUGGAGGAGGUGUGCGGCCCGAUCAUCAAGCAGGUGUACGAGAAGUCGGCCGGGUCGGACGCCGCCGCGGACGAGGAGGAUGACGUGAACGAGCUGUAGAGUGUUCGCGACGAGCUCCACGUAGAGCAUUCCGGCUGACGAGCUGUAGAGCUCUCUGGGUGUUCGACUGUUCGCAGGGGGAUCAUGAUGCGUUGUAAAUAACUUGUCGCUGUAAAGUGAAGACCUUGCUAUUGGUAGCAGUAAUAGUAAGAAUCAAUCAUUUCCCUUUUU